GGUCCCCAUCUCCGCGCGCACGUCUUCACAGAAAUGAGCGGAAUUCAGCCAGUGCCCGGAGCCAAGCCUCUGUCAAUGUGGCAGCAAUACGGACCUUCAGAGAAGACGGUUCGUGGAAUUGUGAUUGGAGGAAUCACUGGUGGUAUUGAGAUUUGUAUUACAUUCCCAACGGAAUAUGUCAAGACACAACUUCAACUUGAUGAACGGUCUGCUACUCCAAAAUUCAGAGGACCAAUUGAUUGUGUAAAACAAACAGUGAAUGGACAUGGAUUCUUUGGUCUUUACAGAGGAUUAUCUGUUCUUCUCUACGGAUCUAUUCCAAAAUCUUCAUUCAGAUUCGGAACAUUCGAAUAUCUCAAAUCUCAAGCAGCAGAUGAACGAGGAAAUCUAUCUCCAGUAAUGCGACUUCUUUGUGGAUUGGGAGCUGGUCUCUCUGAAGCCGUAUUUGCAGUAACACCUAUGGAAACUGUAAAAGUGAAAUUUAUUCAUGAUCAAGGACUUGCUCAACCAAAAUACAAAGGAUUUGUGCAUGGAGUUGGAUGUAUUGUAAAAGCAGAAGGACUUGGUGGUAUAUAUAAAGGAGUUACUGCAACAAUGGCCAAACAAGGAUCCAAUCAAGCGAUUCGAUUCUUUGUAAUGGAAACUCUCAAAGAUUGGUAUCGUGGUGGUGACAAUACUCAACCGAUCUCAAAACCAAUCGUCGGACUUAUGGGAGCAGUUGCUGGAGCUGCUUCUGUUUAUGGAAAUACUCCGAUUGAUGUAGUGAAAACUCGUAUGCAAGGUCUCGAAGCGAAAAAGUACAAGAAUACUUUGGAUUGUGCAAUGCAAAUUUGGAAGAAAGAAGGAUUCUUCGCCUUCUACAAGGGAACAGUACCUCGUCUUUCUCGAGUCUGCCUCGACGUCGGAAUCACUUUCAUGAUCUAUGACAGUAUUAUUGAAUUCCUUGAUGUUUAUUGGAAGAAACAACAAUAAUUCCGUCUCUAGGCGUGUCGUGUUUUUUGUUCAACUCCUUUCAUGCCCUUACCAAUCUAGUUGAAUAGCAUUUAAAGUAGGGAUGGGCGGCAAUAAAACAUAAGUGAUGGAAGAUAGAAAAAUAUUUGAUCAGUUUGAAAAUAACUUUUUUUUUUGAAAACCUUUUUAAAUAAAAUAAAUGUUAUUUUCAAACUAAUCGAAAUUUUUUCUAUUUUUUUAUUUUUUUAUUCAAAAAAUUGGGUCAUUAUACCGAAGACUUGCCGCCCAUCCCUAAUAUAGUAAAUUUCUAACAGCUUCCCCCAUUUUUUAUUAUUAUUUAGUACUGCUCACCAUACCCUCCCUGUAGAUGUAAAUAGUUCGAGUUUCUCAGUUUUCAUCCUAACAUUGCCACGUAUUCCGUAUUCUGUGAUAUGAUAUUUCUUCACGACCCCCGAAAAUGUUUUUGCCAAUCCGAAAGUCACUUUUCACCAAUUUUUUUUCACACUGGUGCAUAUGUUUCACAAAUUAGGUUCUGCUUUCAACAAAUACCUAGAAAAUUGCAAUAAAGUUCAAUUUGACAC